UCCAGCCCAGCAACUUGCUGAAAAGCAUUGAAACCGUGCACAUCAUCUCUUUAGCCAAAGAAGAAAAAUAAAGCGGACGAAAAAAAUUAUUCUCCACAAUAAAGAAAGAAAUAAGAAGUUCUAAAGCAAAAAUUUGACAAGUCUAUUCAAAGUGAAUAAAGCAAAAGCAAUUUUUUAAAGAAAUGCUUUUAAUGAAAAAUUUAUAAAAAAAAAAACUUACCUGAAUUCAGAACAUUAAAGACUGCUGUUUAAACAGAGAACAGAAAAAAACUCAACUUGGUGUGAUAUAAUUUAGUUACUGCUCAAAAAAGCCAAAUUUUAGAAGAAUUUUUUUCCAACAAAAAGAAACAAACAAUAAAAAACGAGAUCAAAAUGAAAGCCAACAACAGUGCGAACAACACAACUUUGGAAGUUGUCUCUCCAAAUGUUCAAAUCAGCGAAAAUUACAUUGAAACCGAUUACACAUAUCAGACUUCAAAUGUCAAACGUUUGGCCAAUGGCAAAAUUCAGGUCUUCCCUGAAUCGGCCAAUUUGAAAAUACGCACCGAUCGUCGUGUACCCAAAUUGGGUUUGAUGCUGGUCGGCUGGGGUGGCAAUAAUGGUUCCACCUUGACGGCCGCCUUGGAGGCCAAUCGUCGUCAAUUGCAAUGGCGUAAACGUACCGGUAUUCAAAAAGCCAAUUGGUUUGGUUCCAUUACCCAGGCCUCUACCGUGUUGGUGGGUUCCGAUGAGGAGGGCAAAGAUGUCUAUGUGCCCAUGAACGAUUUAGUUCCUAUGGUCAAUCCUGAUGAUAUUCUGGUCGAUGGUUGGGACAUUAGUUCGAUGAACAUUGGCGAAGCCAUGAAACGUGCCCAAGUCUUGGAUGUACAAUUGCAAGAUCAGUUGUAUGAUGACUUGAAGGCAUUGACCCCGCGGCCCUCAAUUUAUGAUCCCGACUUUAUUGCUGCCAAUCAAUCAGAUCGUGCUGACAAUUUGAUUAAGGGUACUAAAUUGGAACAAUUUGAACAAAUUCGCCGGGACAUUCAAGAUUUCAAGGCCAAAAAGAAUUUGGAUACGGUCAUUGUUUUGUGGACAGCCAAUACGGAACGUUUUAGUGAUGUCAAGCCUGGUCUCAACAUGACCAUGGAAGAGCUGGAGGCAUCGUUGAAGGCUAACAAAUCGGAAAUUUCGCCAUCCACCAUUUUCGCCAUGGCCAGUAUUGCCGAGGGUUGUACCUAUAUCAAUGGUUCGCCCCAGAACACAUUUGUACCUGGUCUCAUUGAAUUGGCCGAACACAAUGGCGUUUUCAUUGCCGGUGAUGAUUUCAAAUCGGGCCAAACUAAAUUGAAAUCGGUUUUGGUUGAUUUCCUGGUCGGUGCUGGCAUUAAACCUGUGUCCAUUGUCAGCUACAAUCAUUUGGGUAACAAUGAUGGCAAGAAUUUGUCGGCUCCCCAGCAAUUCAGAUCCAAGGAGAUCUCCAAGAGCAAUGUUGUUGAUGACAUGGUUGAAUCGAACAGCGUCUUGUAUGGACCCAAGGAACAUCCCGAUCAUGUUGUGGUCAUUAAAUAUGUACCCUAUGUUGGCGACAGCAAGCGUGCCAUGGAUGAAUAUACCUCGGAAAUUAUGAUGGGCGGCCACAAUACCUUGGUCAUUCACAACACCUGUGAGGAUUCUUUGUUGGCCUCUCCCUUAAUUUUGGAUUUGGUUAUUUUGGGUGAAUUCUGUUCCCGUAUUACCAUCAAGGAUAACAGCAAUCCCUCGGCCGCCUGGGUGCCCUUCAAACCUGUCUUGUCGCUCUUGAGUUAUUUGUGCAAGGCUCCCUUGGUGCCACGUGGUUCUCAGGUCGUCAACUCGUUGUUCCGUCAACGUGCCGCCAUUGAGAAUAUUUUGCGUGGUUGCAUCGGUUUGGCACCCAACUCGCACAUGACCUUGGAACAAAGAUUCGAUUUCUCCAGCAUUACCAAUGAACCACCCACCAAGAAACUUAAAACUGCUAGCUGUGCCAAAACUGUCGCAAAUGGCAAAGUGGAAUUGAACGGUCAUUCAAAUGGUGUCACCAAUGGGGUUCACUAAAAGUGAGGCUACAAAGAAAACAAAACACAUUUCGUUGAUCCCUUUU